GUUUCUUAUUCAGAGGAAGAAAUUUUCAUAUAUAUCGACAUACAGACAGUGUUCCGUAAUGGAAUUCUUCUCUUGAGUUUCUAAGAACUCUGUACCUUGCAUUAACUACUCCAUUGCCCUGUAUUGGCCACUAAAGCAGGGAGAUAGUAGCGGGGAUUGGGGAGGAAAUGGAAGAAGAAAUCAAACAAAAACUUCUGAUAGAAGCAGAGAAACCUGAACACGAUGAAGUACCAUUCAAGGACAAGCUAUGGACAGAAACCAAGAAGAUGUGGAUUGUUGCAGGCCCUGCUAUUUUCACAAGAUUUUCUACCUUUGGGAUUAGUGUAAUCAGUCAAGCUUUUGUUGGCCACAUUGGCUCCACAGAACUUGCUGGUUAUUCCCUUGUCGUCACAGUUCUUUUGAGGUUCGCUAAUGGAAUCCUGCUGGGUAUGGCUAGUGCCUUGGAAACUCUAUGCGGGCAAUCUUAUGGUGCCAAACAAUAUCAUAUGCUUGGAAUUUAUCUCCAAAGAUCAUGGAUUGUUUUAACAAUGUGUGCAAUCUGCCUUCUUCCUUUGUUCAUCUUCACCACUUAUAUUUUGAGGGCUUUAGGCCAAGACGAAAGUAUUGUGGAAGUUGCAGGAAAUAUUUCUCUAUGGCUAAUUCCUGUAAUGUUCUCUUUUAUUCCAUCUUUUACCUGCCAAAUGUACCUUCAAGCACAGAGCAAGAACAUGAUUAUUGCAUACCUGGCAGCUUUUUCUCUUUCGAUUCACAUCCUCCUUUCAUGGCUACUCACUGUCAAAUACAAGUUUGGAAUCCCAGGAGCUAUGGCAUCUACGAUUUUGGCCUAUUGGAUUCCAAAUAUUGGACAGCUUGCUUUUGUUACUUGUGGAGGUUGUCCUGAAACAUGGAAAGGGUUCUCGUUCUUAGCUUUCAAGGAUCUCUUUCCUAUUAUCAAGCUUUCUUUGUCUUCUGGUGCCAUGCUUUGCCUUGAGCUUUGGUACAGCACAGUUCUGAUUCUUUUAACUGGAAACAUGAAAAAUGCUGAAGUCUCCAUUGAUGCUCUUGCUAUCUGCCUAAACAUCAAUGGGUGGGAGAUGAUGAUAUCGUUUGGUUUCUUGGCUGCUGCGAGUGUUCGUGUCUCAAAUGAGCUAGGACGAGGAAGCUCAAAAGAUGCUAAGUUCUCCAUAGUUGUAACAGUUCUCACAUCAUUCAUUAUUGGCUUCAUUCUCUUCCUGGUAUUUCUGUCCCUCAGAGGAAAGCUAGCUUACCUAUUUACAGAAAAUCCUAAGGUUGCUGAUGCAGUCUCAGAUCUCUCUCCUCUCCUGGCCUUCUCCAUACUUAUGAACAGUAUACAGCCAGUCCUCUCAGGAGUUGCCGUGGGAGCUGGAUGGCAGAGCAUUGUAGCAUAUGUUAACAUAGCCUGCUACUACCUAGUUGGGAUCCCAGUUGGAGUUGUGCUUGGUUAUGUUAUACAUCUGCAAGUUAAAGGUGUUUGGAUUGGGAUGUUGUUUGGAACAUUUGUACAAACCAUUAUUCUAAUUAUAGUCACUUGCAAAACUGACUGGGAAAAACAGGUAUCUCUUGCUCGUAACCGGAUUAACAAGUGGUACGUUGCAGAUUCUGAAGAGCAGCCGAACACACAACCCUAAGAAUUACUGUUGUUCCUGGAACCAUUCUGGCAAAGAAUCAGCUUUCAAGCUUACUUAUUAAACAAGCUAAUUAAAUUACUGUUCUUCCCAAUGCCAUGGCUAAGUUGAUAUGACAUUUUCAGGCUUUUAUGCUUUUCAAGGAACAGGUCCAAUCAAAGUAGCAAAAGUUUUAGCAUUUUGUAAAAAUUGUCACAGAGUUGAGUUACUCCAACUUAAUAAUGACUUAGGGUUAAAGAAAUUUAAUUAGACAGCUGUGGAUAGAGGUAUGUGAUGGUUUGUGUCCGCAUUAAAAACCCCAUAGCUAGGCUGACAGGCUCAGGAUUUGCUGAUGAAUUUCAGGAUACGCUCAUAAUUCUCACAGAUAUCCAGAGCAAAUGGUUGGGGACCGUAACUAUUUUUCUGAUGUAAGGUUUCAAUACAGACAUGUUCUACUUGGACGUAUUCAUUGA